AUGAUGGGACGUCUUGGAAAGGUGAUCUCCUUGGGGGCAGGGCUCCCUCAUCCAGAUUGUUUCCCUGUUAAAUCGGUGAGCUUUGACUAUCUUUCCCCCGAAUCCAAUUUCGAGUCCACCGACAAGAUCGAGGUUCCAGAUAAUGAGGCGUUAUACGAGGCCCUUCAGUACACCUCUGGUAGAGGAACGUCCUAUUUUGACAAGUAUUGCAGACACCACAUAGAGAUACACCAAAAGCCCAAAUACAACGAUUGGGAUAUAGUUGUUACCGCCGGUGCCACGCAGUCUUUGGAGGCUGUUUUAAGACUUUUGUGCAACCCGAACGAGGACACAAUUCUUGCCGAGGAGUUCACGUACCCUGCGUUUCUUGAAUGUUGCAACCCGAUGCGGUUGAAAGUUUUCGGGGUGAAGGUUGAUCAGCAUGGGGUCUGUCCAAAAGAUCUUGAUCAACUGCUCACCAACUGGUCUGGAGAGCACAAAAAGCCAAAACUAAUUUAUACAAUGCCGGUGGGGCAGAACCCGCUCGGAAUCACUAUGACUUUGGAGAGAAGAAGCGAGUUCUAUAAAGUUUGUCAGAAACACGAUCUAAUCAUUGUGGAGGACGACCCGUACUACCAUUUGCAAUUGGACUCCAAGCAGAAACUUCCAAGUCUGUUGACCUUCGACACCGACGGAAGAGUGAUUCGGUUCGACUCGUUUUCCAAGAUCAUGACUCCGGGUGCCAGAUGCUCCAUUGUCACUGCCAACCAGACGUUCAUCACCAAGCUGGUUGUGCACAACGAAGUUGGAAUUCACUCGUCCGCUGCUCCAUCCCAGCUGAUCUUGCACGAGCUGCUGAAAACGUGGAACGAUGAAGGGUUCGACAAGUGGGUGGAGCAUCUGUGCGAUCACUAUCUGAAAAGACGGGGCAUUUUGGACGAUGCAUUCAACAAGUACCUUGACAAAUCGCUGUGUUCGUGGAAUUUGCCGGACUCGGGGAUGUUCCUUUGGAUCGAGAUCGACCAGUCUGCGUACCCAAAACCUGCAAACGUGGAGGAGCACCAGUGGCCUGCGCAGCUCGAGGAUAUGAUCUUUAAUGAGAGCGUGAGCAACGGAGUUCUGCUGGCCAAGGGCCAUUGGUUCAUGGUCGACCAAAACCUACAAAAAGUCGGGUUCAGAGCCACAUACGCGUUUGCUGAGGAAAACGAGCUGGUUGCUGCGAGCCAGAAAUUCGGCCAGGCGCUCAAGUCUGUGCACGAAAAGCUCAGUGCUAAAUAA